AAUCUACGCACGCCUCGAUCCAACCAUGCGUCCGCGUGCGUGAUGGACUUCUCUCGUACCACCGACAGCACCAUCACCACUAUUACUACUACCAACACGAUCGACACCGACACAACCAAUACCAUUACCACCACUGGCUUCGCCACCGGCAUUGCUACCACCUCCUCCUUUUCGUCAUCUUCCGCCACCUCCGGCGGCUUCCAACUACGCUUCACUGCCGGCAGACUCAUGGAUACGUGGAUAUUGUUUCUCUUCGUAAUCGUCGCCGAUGUUGCGGCAUCGGUGGAGGUCCAUUUUGAGAACAAAGAUGGCGGAUUCUUUUUGAAACACACACCAAGACCAUAUUACCCAUCUCGAACGGAUACGAUACCAGCGAUAGCUGCAUCAUCUACGGGUACAGGUACAAGCGUAUCGGCAUCGAACAGUGCUGGUUCGGUACCUUCACCGCCACCAGGCUCGGUUUUAUCAAUAGACAAGUUCACCGUCUUUCAAACGAGCGAACCAGUGUCAGUUAGAGCGAGCUAUGGUCCUUUCAGUACGAAGCAGACGGUACCAGCCCGUUAUAUCGUACCCGAUCCAUUGGAUGCUCUACCAGGACCGGAGACCAGACGCAAUUUAACAGCCGCGACGAUAAUGGACGCUCAGGAAUUGGGUGCUAGACAUUUGGACAUGUCCGCACAUUUAGUUGGUAAUAGCGUGCCUAGGGAUUCUCCAGUCCUUCGGGUUUUAUUCCACGCUGGAAGCGAAGCCGGUGGUAGAAGACAAUUACUCCUUGCUCGUCAUCAGAGGGUUUGCGUUGUUCUCCACGCUAGUCUGGCGACACCGUUGAGAAGUUUGAAUAAUAACGGAAGAAGAGAAUAUUCUAGCUCCUCGAGUUCUUCAACAUCGUCAUCAUCGUCAUCGUCAUCGUCAUCUUCGUCGUCCUCCUCAUCGUCCUCAACAUCAACAAACUCUGCCUUAACAGCAGCGUGUAGUCCAGAUGGCGAGAACGGCGUUUGCUUGGCCCAAAUUACGAUACCAGCAGAUUGGUGGGCUCCUCUACCUCCUCCUGAUGCUUCCGGACGUGUCAAGGUCGCCAAGAGUUUGCCGAGGCUCGUCCAGGUCGCUUACUCCGUACUGGAACCACGUACCGAGGACGUUGCCUCUGGUAAUUCAGACGGAGGGGCAGCUUUCUGCCGGCCAAGAGUGCAAAUUCAACCAGUGACGCCACUCGGCCAAGUGCCCCUUGCGCCCAAUCGUGCGGCCUACAAGGAGCUCAAGGCCGACGAUUCUCUCACGCUACUCGUACCUCACGGCCCGUUAUAUCCCAGAUCGAGGCUACACGUUCCGGCCUUCCUACAUCCGGCCAAGCUGACAGAUCUCAGACAGGAACGCCCACCUUUGGUCAUAGCCGUUUAUCUCAGAGCACGAGUAAAGUCCGGUGUGAAAAUCCUCGAUGCCUCAUCCAGCAGCCCCGAUUGGAUCGUCGACGUGGACAUAAACGCGAAAAAUACGGCAGCCACUUUCACGGCGAGGCGAAAGGAGAACGCUUCAAGAAUGCCAAGCGCAUCCGCCGAAGAAAUAUUGACGAUGCUAUUGGAAGCGAGCGAGGAGGGCAUUGGUGGCAACUGGGACGGCGGAAGGAUUGUCUGGAGCGUUCGUUACGCGUUCGAGGGAGAGGAGGAAAACGGUUCCCAGUUACCCGGUAUCGAUCAUCCACAGCAACGGUUACAGCAACGACAAAUGCAGCAUCAUCAUCACCACGAUAACGAAAGGCUUUCCGCCUUUCGACACGUAGUCGAGAGGCGGAAGCUGCAGGCACGUCUCGAGAUACAAAAGGACGACAUACAAGCGGUCUUGCCCAUCUCCAAGAACUGGGAGGUGAUGAAUACGGCUGUGUUGACGGGACGGCAAGUGUCACAGGGGAUGAAGGUUUUCAUCGUCAGUCAAGCUGGCACCGUGGCCGACGUCACCUUGCAAUCCUCCUGUCAUUCCGAGGACGAAAGUGUACUUAAGGUAUCCUCUUCGUGCAGCAGCGUCUACGUCGAUGGCUCGGAAAUUCGUGGAUCAAGUAACGCCUCGGUUUUGGUUAAAUACGGUACAUAUACCGGCUUAGCAAAGUUCACCGUUUGGAUGCCAGAAUUUCCAUUGGAAGUGACGGUGGGAGAUACGAGAUUGAGUCAGAUAAAGGGAUGGAAGGUACCGGAGGAACACGCUAUGGGCGCGAAAAGCAAGCGUAGCUUAAACGGAACGAAUUUAUCGAGGAACGAUUCUAAGAACGCGGCUAGGACGAAGAAGAGAAGUGCCGUGGCAACGGAAUUGGAAGAUUCAAUGGAAGACACGUCGAUGGACGUGGAGGACCCAGAUAUCGUAUUGGAGGAGGACGAUCAGGAAGAACGUUUCCGUGGCAACGAUCACGGUUGGGACACUAUCAAUUCGAUCGACAGAAAUCCACCGACGAAUUGUCGAUUGCGUUUUCAACAAAGUCCUAUCGAAGUCCACGCGAGAUUCCUCGCGACCGAUCACGAUUCCGGCAGGGUGUCCUAUUUCGUUAAUCGCCGUACUUGGUUACGAGUAACCGAUCUGGUCGUCAGUAUGCUUCGUGUGUCCGACCCGAGAAUAGCCACACUCCUGCAGGGUAGAAUCGUUCAAGGUCGAAGCGUCGGGAGAACGGAAGUCCAGGUUCUUUCACCCAUCACCGGUCGCGUGAUCGGCGCCAAGGAAGUCCGUGUUGGGAACGAUCGAGUUUCGGUUUCUCGAUUAACGGUGAGGGUCGUCUCGGGUCUUCAAUUGAGCAUCAGUCCGGACACUGCUAUCGAGAAUGGUUACGUUGCCGAAACAUCGGUUACCAGAAGAUUGACAGCGCAAUAUCAGGAAGGUCUAUUGGAUAUAGACGUAGAGUUCUCCGACGGAUCUCGCACACCCUUGAGGGAGAUCGCUGUGAGCGAUUAUCAUUUGCUCGUUGAAAGUCUAGAUCCGGAAGUGGUAGCUUUCGCGCCAAUGGUGGCUUCGCAUCAUCCCCGAGUAAUCGCCGUAGGCGAGGGAAGGGGCGAUCUUUUGAGGGUCAGCCUUCAAUUGGCAGACGCCUGUCGUCUUUCCGGUAGAAGAUCAGGCAAAGCUUCUCAAAGAGCGGCGGUCGCUUCCCUGGCGAGUGCAUCGGCCAACGUCGAAGUAGAUUUCUCCUCGAGUGACCUUGCAAAUCGACCGGAAUUCGUGCAAAACGACGGCGGUGGCACCGUUGGUUCGCAUCAUCAUCGAGAAAGGAAGAAUCGGGGCGAUGUGGCGCCGGAUCUCCAUGACAUUCUUAUCGGGUUACCGCUGAAAGACGAGAACGAGCACGAGCACGAGCCUUUGGUGCAGGCGCGGCAGCACCUCACGGCUAUAGCUAAUGGCAUGUCUUCAGGAGGAAUGGGCGGUGUCGGGAUACGGCAUCACGGCGGAUCCCGCAUGAGUCCACUCGAGAUCGGCAUGUACGUCCUGCUGGCGGCCUUUUGCUUCGCGAUCGUUGUCUUCGUCGUCUCCUGCGUCGUCUACGCGAGCAAGUUCAAGCCUCAAUCCUCGGAUUCUCCGCUGACCGGAGGUGCUCUCCCUGUUCUCUCCGGCGCUGCUAGGGCCAGGGCAGCAGCCAAUCAACUCGCUUCGGGUAGAAGACCUCCCAGGGAAUCGACGACCAACGCGCACGAUUGGGUUUGGUUGGGACGGGCCACCCUCGAACGUGCCGCUUGUGGUCCUCAACAGGUACACGUGACCAGCAAUCCUUUGGCCGGUGACGUCGAGGUAGACACACCGGAAUUAGGUACUUGCUUCGACAAUCCAAAUCAUAUCGAACUUCCAUCGGCUGUUCAACGAUCGAACAAUACAGGUCCCAUCGAUAGCACGACCUAUUGCAAAAGGGAUAAAUUGCCACGGAAUAGUUUCGCGGUUAAGUCCGCGCCGAUUAAGCCCGUAGCGGUUAACAACGUGACUGCACCUAGCGUGUCCACGGCAGGCUCGAUGCUAGUGACUACGCGUAACGAUAACGAGGACGUACCACCGCCUUUGCCACCCCACGGAGUAUCAGCGAAUUCGAGCGUGGUAGCCGCGUCGACGACAGCCGCUGCCGUGACAGCCGCUCCCAUAAAUGGUAAUAACAAUGGAAACGAGGAUUACAAGCCGCCUGUCCCACCGCAUAGAAACACCGGAGUGAUCGUUAGGCUGCCAGAAACGCCUAGAAAGCAUCGUCAUCGUGCGUCCAGCGGUGGUAGCGCGUCCGGACAUCACGCGAAUCAUCGGCACAAUGCAAACAAGCAACUCCAACAGAAUAACGUUGUUAAGCCGCUAACGACGCAGCAACACGGCAAAGGCAGAGCGAACAGCCCAAAGGAGAAUGGCGAGGAAGAGGAGGAGUUCGUUGAGUUAGUCAAUCCCGACGACAAACAACAACAACAACAACAGCAACAACAACAACAACAACAACAGAAUCCUUACUCGAAAGAGGCAAGGUCUAGAGAGGUGAAAAGGGCGACGAUAGUCGGAAAUCCUAUGUUCUCCUCGUUCUCAACGUCGGCCGUCGCAUCCUCUGUGAACGCUUCCACCCCGACCAUUGCCUCAUCGUCGACCUCCCCGCCCUCCACGUCACCGUCCUCCAACAGUUCCUCCUCCUCCUCCUCGACGGCGUCCUCAUCGUCUUCCCAGGAGCAGGAGGAGUCCGUCGCACUCGAAGACCUUAAUCUCGGUAUGGAUUAUAACCAGAUCAUGCAGUACUUCGACAAUUUGAAGGAAUCGAACGCCUAGGUAGAAGAGUCCGACCUCUUCGAAGGUCGACCGUAGUAGUCAACGUCUAUACGAAGCUCCGGGGUCCUCACGUCGUCCUCCAUUCUUCCGAUCUUCGAGCGCUUCCUCUCGCCAAUUAGUGUCGAAAGAUACGUACAUUGACGAGACGGGGUAGCUCGACGUUUGACACCGAUUAAGAAGCUCGCCCGCGCGCUGAUGGAGCUUUGCCAUCGGAGAUGACCCGAACGUUUCGUAUUCUAGACUAAUAAUCUAGUCAGCUUCCUAGCAGCACGUCAAGAGCAUGCGUAAAGACAAAUACAGGUACACGCGCGGAAAACACAAACACGAAGACUGAACACGUUACACUUACACAUACUACAUAAUAGGUACACGUACUACGUAUGUACACGCGAAUAGAGGACACGACAGAUACAGAGGCUUUAUCCGACUGCCGGUGAUCGAUGGGGUGGUAGGUCGAUCCAAAAGAGGAUAUUAUACGCUAAUUAUAAUUAUCCUUAUGAUAUCGAUGCUCCUACGAUCUUGACGGAUCGAUCGACUCAUCCUUACCACCGUUCUCGCCCCCGUAUAUCUUCUCGAUCUCUCGCUCAAGCCUUUCUCCUACAACUACCCCACUCUCCCCCAACCCCAACCCCAACCCCCGCCUGCCCGUAUUUUUGCGGACACUCUUUACCUUUGUCGUUCGCGGGGCACCAAAUUGCUGGUUUUCGCUACUCUUGCUUUCCCAGCAGUACAGUCCGACGAGAAGACUUCGAUCCGAUGUUCCGAUCUCGAUUUUGAUCUUCUCUCUCAUCUACCUAUCUUCUCAUUUAUUACAUAUCACACCUUUCUUAUCAAACCUUUCUUCCUUAUCUUCGUGUUCAUUUUUUUCUUGGAUCAAUACACUGGAUCUGCUCGUUCGUUUCUUAUCGUAUAUUUUAUCUUAACCGUUAACUUGAAAUCUUUACUUUUUCCAUUAGAAAAUAUCACCCCAUUCCCCUACCCACACCUAUCUCGAUAUCGAUAUAAGAGUCGGCGAAUAAUAGUCUUCCUGCUCGGAUUGGGUCAGAGGUCGAGAUGACCGUCGCGAUCGAAACUAUCGGAAAUCUCUGGUUGCGUUCCGCGUCGAAAAACACGUAUAUUUAUUCGAACCGAUGGUGCGUCGUAAUAUUUGUAAAUUUUGCUUUGUAAGACUGUGUACAUAUAUAUAUUAUAUAUAUAUAUCGCGAUAGCGCAGAUUAUUAAUUACGGACUUACAGAUUUAACUUUACAUUUAUAUAUGGCCGUAGCGAGCGAAGAGCAUACAUACAUAUAUGAUAUAUAUAUACUACGUAAGAUCGUAAGGGUCCUAGCGCGAGCCCUUCGAUCGCAAUUCGUCCUUUCCAUAUCGGAUUCUGCGUGCGUGCUAGGUAACGACGACGAGAGCUAUCGCACGCGCGCCAUUUUUCUCUCCAUUUUUCGCUCCCUUUCCCCGCUGGCCUUGAAAGUUCCCUUUCAAUAAUUUCGAACGAAGGACACGCACAGUACGCACAUUCCCUUCGGAACCUUGCUCCACCCUCUCCUCUUCUCCCACCCUCCACCCUCAAUACACGUUCUUCCUCUUCUUCUUCGCGAAUUCGUCGUUUCCCUUGCGAGAACUCGAUCGUGCGCCUUCUCUCUUUGUUCCCGAUCGUUGAAAAUGAAAAACGUAUCGAUGCGAUACGACUAAAGGAAAAAUAAAAAGAAAAAAAAAAAAAGAAAAAAAAAGUAAAAAGAAAGAAAUUAGAAAAAGAGAAAAGAAACGAAGAAGAGAAAAAGAGAAAAGUGAUGCGAUCUUUUGAUCCGAGGGACGGAAACGGGAAAAAGGGAUAAAGAAAAGAAAAGAAAAGAAAAGGAAAAAAAAAAGAAGAAAACGAAAAAAACUAUGUUUAAUAGGCGUCUAAGGACUACGUGUCUAAGUAUGUAUGUAUCUGUAAGUUGUGUGUUAGCACGUCGCGUGGAAUUAUAGUGAUAAAAAUCGACGAUAAUGGCAACGACGUCCGAUGAAACCACCGAACGCGCGCAAAAACCUGUGUAUCUAUCUAUCACGCGCAAGGAUCGUCGGUGAUCUACGUCGCGUUAUCUAUGUAAUUGUAAGUGCGCGAUCAGAUGACGAUCAUUAGGAAUAUAUAUCUCUAAUGGUGCAACGGAUAAGAAAUUCCGUGCCGAAAUCGAGACAACGUACGUUAACCCGCCGAGAAUCUAGUCUUAUAGCGUAACUAUUAUAUAUACAUAUAUAUAUAUUUAUAUAUAUAUAUAUAUUUAUAUAUAAACAAUUAAUCGUCGUAACGCGCGAUCUACGUUGCCUUUCGCCGUAUGAUGCGUUUCUUCGAGUCGCGAACGGCGGAUCCAUCGAUCAGCGAAAGUUCCGAAUGCAUCAACAUUGCUUUAUUGUAUAAAGCGAGAAAGACUCGUUGUCAAUGAAGAAAUGAAAACGAAUCAAUCAUAUCGACUGCAGAGUGAGACGCGCGCGCUUCUUCUUUAUUUAUUAAAAUCGGCUCGCUCGCCUUUCCGCAAAAGGAAAACUUUGGCGCUCUUGCUAAAUGAUAACACUAAAAAUGUGCGUCAAUGAGAUCUAUUUACGAAUGAUAUAGAUUGUAAAGAUUUUACGAGAACGUCACGUGACGAUGACUAUUUGUCACACACGGCAAGAGGGACGCGUGUACAUGGCUCCACGUGUUCGGAUCUUUAUUCUACGAUCGAAGAUUAUCGAGAGAAAAAAGAAAAAAGAAAAAGAAAAGAAAAUAAAGAAAAAGCACGGACGAAAUGAUAAACGUUCCAAUAUGAUCUUUUGACGCGCUUUAAUAGAAACAAAAAGUUCCUUUCUUUCUACUCGUCGUACGUUCGGGAACAUAGUAUGCACGUUUUUCACGCGUUCUUCGAUCGUCCUUCUUCUCCUUCUCCUUCUCUUCCUCUUCUUCUACGCUUCGAUUCUUAUCUGAGUUCACGAAGAAUAUCCGUGGCCAAUUUAAAUGGCCAAUACGUUUAACGGAUGUAUGUAUGUAUGUAUUUAUAAGGUCACCGAACGUGAAAUCGCGCGUCAUACCUCUCGGUGUAACUAAGUUCUUGCUGAUUAGAGUUUAUGAUCAUCGUAAUGCUGUCUGCGUACACAUACACACACAUUCCUUUGACACGACGUCACCCUAUCUACGUUAAAUGUAAUAAAUACGGAAUAAAGUAUUUAAAAAAGCGCGUUAUCGCUUGCGAUUGCGACAAUGACAACGGGAGCGACAAUGACGCAAUGAUGACAACGACGGUGACGGCCACGUCCGUGAUAACGGACUGUAAAAUCUAAGGAUUUGUUAGGAACAUCUUAAAUCCAAUUAAAUUUCCUUCAAGCGCAAGCAUAAAUAUUAAUAUUUCCUAUCGACACUUAGUCUACUGAUAUUUUAUUACUAUUAUUGUUGUUGUAAUUAUUAUUAUUAUUAUUAUUAUUAUUAUUAUUAUUACUAUUACUAUUCUCAUCAUCAUCAUCAUCAUCAUCGUCAUCAUCCCCAUGCAAUAUAAGAUCAUUGCUAUAGCUAUCGUUUUCGACAUCCCCAUUUGUCAUAACCAUAAACAUCGUUGCCGUUACCGUUCUUGUUAUAAAGGUUUUUGUUGCUGUUGUUGUUAUUGCUGUUGUCACCACAAGACAUAUUACCGUCGUCAGCUUCGUCGUCGUCGUCGGCGUUGUUGGCGUCGGCGCCGGCGUCGCCGAUACGCUAAUUAAACAAUAAGGUACGACUAUCGCCUACUCAAUGUACAAUAUGUAGUAUUUACCUGUUGUUACCACCAAACCAUCAUCAAAGAUAUAUAAAAUAUUGUAAUUGUAACAUAA